AUGAAUAGACCAGUGCCACCGUUCAGUGCUGGUCAGCCACUCUUUGAAACAAGACCGUUCAUGCUCAAGCCGGGUGAAUUAACACCUGGAAUCACUGCAUUAGAGUACUUUCAACGUCGUAUCGACCUUGCAAGCAGACUUCAGAGCUCCUCUAUUGCUAUUGUUAUUGGAACUAGCGUUCAAUUUGCAUCUGGAAGCGUGUUUUAUCCAUUCCAACAGAACAACGACUUGUACUACUUGAGUGGUUGGAACGAACCGGAUUCUGUGCUCGUCAUUGAGAAGCCUGAUUCCAACCUGGAGAAUGUGCUCUUCCACUUGAUUGUUCCACCAAAAGAACCUCAUGUUGAACAAUGGGAAGGUCAAAGAACCGGAGUACAAGGUGCCAUUGACAUCUUCAACGCGGAUGAAAGUGAAGAUACUUAUAGAGUUGCUACGCACCUCGAGAAACUGAUCAAGAGAAACUCGAACAUCUACGUUGACUUGAACAAAAAUACCUCGCAUGCCAAAUCAUUAAGUAACACUUUCCAAAGCUUCUUCAAUAUCGGUACAAAUUCCAAAUACUCGACAAUCGAAGGAGUAAUUGAGGCAAACUCCACGGGAAAAACCGUCAAACGUCUGUCUCAUCUGAUCACUGAUAUGAGAGCAAUCAAAUCUGAAGCUGAGUUGAAAGUUAUGCGCAAAGCAGGGCAGAUUUCAGGAAGAGCAUAUAAUCAGGCGUAUGCAAAGAGAUUUGUAACGGAGAGAACAUUACACGCCUUCUUGGAAUACAGAUUCAUCGCUGGAGGUUGUGAUAAGUCUGCCUACAUACCAGUUGUUGCAACUGGUGCCAACUCCCUCUGUAUCCACUAUACAAGAAACGAUGAUGCUAUGUAUAACGAUGAGAUGGUUCUUGUUGAUGCAGCUGGGUCUCUGGGUGGAUACUGUGCUGACAUCUCACGUACCUGGCCUAACUCUGGUAAGUUUACGGGCCCUCAAGCUGAUCUUUACCAAGCUGUGCUGAACGUUCAAAAGGAUGUCAUUGACCAGUGUACUGAGUCUGCAAAAUUGAGCCUUCAAGAUCUCCACGACUUGAGUGUUCAAUAUUUCAAGAGAGAACUGAAGAACGUUGGAUUCGGAGACCUUUCAACUUCUGACGUAACAAAGUUAUACCCUCACUACAUUGGGCAUAACCUUGGUCUGGACGUCCAUGACUGUCCAAACUACGCAAGAACCGCAAAGCUCAAGGCAGGGCAGGUGGUCACUGUGGAACCAGGUAUCUACGUUCCUGAUGAUCUCCAAUACCCUGUACAUUUCAGAAAUAUUGGUAUUAGAAUCGAGGAUGACAUUGCAGUUGGUGUCAACGACUAUACAAACUUGACCAUCGAAGCUGCAAAGGAGAUUGUUGAUAUUGAAAGAGUCGCUGAGGUUGGUGUCACCACUCCUCUUGAAGACGAAGUGCUAGAAGUGUUUUAA